GAAGCUAGCUCCAAUGAAGUACUGCAUAAGCUUUCUAGUGUUGCUUCUGAUUCUGGGCAUUACUGGGUUCAUGAAUGGAGUUCAUGGGGUUGGUGGUGAAUGUGAUAAACAUUCCACUGCUGACUUCGAAAAGCUGGCUCCCUGUGGUAAAGCAGCGCAGGACAUAAACGCUAGGGUUCCUCAUAGUUGCUGCGCUGAGGUGCAAAAGAUGGACACAAAAUGCCUUUGUGUCGCUGUACUUUCUGAACAGGCUAAGCAACUUGGAGUCGUCGUAGCAGCUGCAGUCACCAUACCCAAACGUUGCAAUAUUGCUAAUCGUGCAAAGGGUUACAAGUGCGGAGAUUAUAUAGUGCCAUGAGAAUUCUGGAGAGUCAUGGUGCCUACGGGUUUGAAGCAGUUAUUAUGGCCAUCAACGUGCUUUAUGCUUAUAUCUAUUUCUUGUACCAAAUCACUUAAUUGUGACAUCCAAAUAUCUAUGAAAUAAAUAAAGCACUGGUUUUUUUUUUCUAA